UUAGACCUCUAGUCUGUUCUACUCUUCUAGGAAAUUCGCAAUAUAAACUUGCGUUAGUGGAUCUUGGUGCAAAAAGCAUUGCCAGUAGUUUCGUUCACCGUUGAAGGUAAAUUUUGGAAACAAAAAUAUUCACAGGAGUUAACAAGCCGUUUGUAUUGGAGGACUUUUCAUCGUGAUUGUGAUCUGGAUUCUGGGUUUUUCUCUAGAAGUCAGAAGAGAUUGAAUAGCAUCAUGCCAUGUUGGUAUUAUGAGAAGGAGGAUCUGGAACAUACACCAUCUAUCAAGGAUGGGAUAGAUCCAGGCACUGAGGCUCGUUAUCGCAGAGAGGGCUCACGUUUUAUCAUUGAGGCUGGAACUACACAGAAACUACGUUAUGACACCAUGGCAACUGGAGUUGUGUACUUUCAUCGUUUCUACAUGUUUCACUCAUUUAAGGAGUUUCCCCGAUAUAUCAUGGGUGCAGCUUGUCUGUUUCUAGCAGGUAAGGUUGAGGAAACCCCCAAGAAAUGCAAGGACAUCAUCAAGAUUGCAAAGAAUAUCCUUUCUGAACAACACUUUGCUGCUUUCGGUGAUGACCCCAAGGAGGAGAUCAUGACACAUGAAAGGAUCCUUCUGCAGACCAUCAAGUUUGAUCUUCAGGUAGAACACCCUUAUAGCUACCUCCUCAAGUAUGCCAAGACAUUUAAGGGAGACAAGGAUAAGAUACAGAAGCUGGUUCAAAUGGCUUGGACCUUUGUGAAUGACAGUCUGUGCACCAGACUAUGUCUGCAAUGGGAGCCUCACAUUGUAGCAGUGGGAUUCCUCUACCUGGCAGGCAGACUGUCCAAGAGUGACCUGAUGGACUGGUCAGGCAAGUCUAGCAAGAGCAAGUGGUGGGAGCAACUGACCGAGGAUAUUUCUCUGGACAUCAUGGAAGAAAUCUGUCACAAGUUGCUUGACUUGUAUGCAGCUGGUCAGCACAAAGGACCUACUUCUCAAGGUACUCCUACCAAGGCUCCUCCUCCAAAGAGACCUAAACCUAAAUCAGCACAAGAUGGAAGCCAUGGAGAUCCAAAGGCAAAGAUGAUCAAACAAGAGCAUUCAAGAGAGAAGCAGAGACAUCCACCUCCUCCUCCCCCAUCGGCCGGAACAGCGCCCCCUGUCCAUCCCUCUCAAGCCAAUGCAUUGCAUGAGAGGCGCCAAGCAUCACCAGCACCCCCUCCACCUCCUCGUGUGCAUACCAGUGGAUACCCUUCAAAUGCCAGUACUCACAAACCCCAUCCGGGUUCCUCUGUACUACCACCACCACAGCCACCUCCUCAAAAGCAGGCACCACCUCCUCAACAGCAGGCACAACCUCAUCAAGCCCCUCCCCUCCAGGUACCUCCUUAUCAAGCACCUCAACAACAGGCACCUCCCCCUCAGGCACCACAUGUCCCUCACCAGGUACCACACCCAGCCACACAUAUAGUGACACACCCAGUGCCAACACCAGUCCCUCAUAGUGCACUGCCGCACCAGCCCCUACAAACCCAGCACCAUCAACCCCCAGUUAUGCAUCAUCAACCACCCCAACCAGCUCUGCAGACAGCAGUGCCACAGGUCCCACCACCACCAGCUACAGUGACACACCCAAAUCCUUACCAGCAGGUACCAGCCUAUACGCACCCAAAUCCCCCAGUAUCCACAUAUGCAGCACCUCAAUACAGUGCCCCACACUACUCCACUGGAUCGGUCCAGCCACCAAUGUUACCACCAGCUACCCAAACACAACCGGUGAUUCCACCUCCAGCGCCUGCACCUGCUCCUGUAUCAAGUUCAGGUCACCUGCCACCCUCUCAGCCACCAUACCAGAUCCAAGGGCAGUUUAUGAACCACCCUCCACCUGCAGCCAUGCCGCACGCCUACAGGCCACCUCCAGCAACUACCCCUGCCCAGCAGUACCAUCAGCCACCACCCGUACAAUCUGCUGUACCCCAGCAACCACCCAUCUACCGGCCACCGCCGCCAAGACCUGCCGUACCAGGAAUGCCACAGACAACGGCAACCAUGCCACUACAGUUUCCUCCUCGUCAAUUACCUCCUCCAGGCCAACUACCUCCAAACCAAGCACCACCCAGCUUACCCAAUCAGUAUCAACCCCCCACUCCUCCUAUUCCUACUCCCACCACUCAAUACCGAUCCCACACACCACCGGUGUCCCAUCCAGUGGCUCAAUCCCAGUACAGCUUCUCAAGAUCUCAGUCAGAUGAGACAACCCCUUUCCCAGCUGUGCCUCCAACAGCAACUUCUGCUGCCCCUCCUCCUCCAGGUAUAGUACCCAACUACCCACCCCCAACCAGCAGCCAACCGGCGCCCGGUCAGCCUCCUCUUGAUAAGUCCAUGAUGAGCAUUGCCCAGGAAUACGCUGCCCAGCAGCUACAGAGUUUGGGGGUGCCUCGCAAUGUUGCCAUGCAACCUGUGUCCGGCUUUGUUGGGCAGCAACAGCAGCAACAGCAGCAGGGUACUACCAAUCAACCACCUGGUACAGUAGCGCAGCAGCCACAGCAGCAACAGCAGCAGCAGCAACAACAGCAGCAACAGCAGCAACAGCAGCAAGGUAGCUACACAACUGGACUGGCCACUGUUCGUAUAACUGGUCGAGAAAUGAUGGGUAGGAGGCCCUCACAUGGUAGUGCAAGUAAUACCUAUAGAUGAAGUUCUGUUAAUUUUAUGGAUAUUUGAUUUGUAGUUUCAGGCACAAGUAAUAGUUGAUUAGAUAUCAGUAAAUUUACAAGAUUAAAGCUACUUGUGAAAUGGAUAAUAGGUAAUGUCAGAGGUAGAGGUGUCAUUGGCUAGUGGAUACGUCACUGGACUGUGGAUCACAGGGUGUGCAAGACAUUGAUUUACCACAAUUUGCCACUCUCCACCCAGGUGAAGUAAAUGGUUACCCGGUAGGACAAAAUUCUUUGAAUGCUUUAACGCUUUAUAAUGUCGGCUCAGCUACAGCCGGGUAAUGAUAUGAUAAUUUGUAUUAAGCGCAGUAGAGUAUAUUCAUAUAGUAGCUGGGCUAUAUACAGUUAACAACUAAAUUAUUCAUACCCCUUGUAAAUUGGAUGUUUUUUUUGUUUUUCAUAAGUCAAGAAUGAAAGGUGGACUGGUUGAAUUAGGGUCUUUGUUCAAAACUUUUAGAUGUAAGCUAUAAUGUGUCACAUUCUCAAGAAAUAUAUAUUGGGACAAAUCCAAUUUUUUCACAUACAUAAACAAAUUACAAAACUUGGCAAGGGAAUGAAUAAUUUAGUUGUUAACUGUAGAUGUAUCUAUUAUUGUUAAUAUUAUUAGAAUGUGAAAUGCAAUGGAGAAUGGCAUCUAUCCAUGUACAUGUAUGAAUAGAGAGGUGGAUAUAUACUGGCUUGAAACUUUCGAAACAUCUUUGGCAAAAUGCAUAUUACUAAGACAAGGAUAAUGGUUGGUUAUUAUUAUCCAUAUGAAAAUAAGAUAUGUUACUUAUGGAAAAUGUGUAGCUCAAGAUACAUCUCCUUUGUGCUUCAUUAAGAUGUUCUCAUUUCAAAAAUAAUGUUGUUUUUUUUCCUUUUUAUUGAAAACCAAAAUCACUAUGGAGGACUGUCAUCCAAAAAUGAAUUAGGAAAAAAAUAUAUUAUGAAAUUGGCACAACUUUAGCACCAAUUUUAUUUUGAUGUUUUACAGAUGUUUUUGGUACUUUGAUUCAAAUUGUAUAUGCAUGUAGAUUACUGGGAUUUUUCUUUAUGAUUUAAGUAUGUAAAACAGUUGAAUGUUUGUUUGAUCUUUGAAUACUGGAAAGUCAAAAAUUUGUCAAGCUAUAUUGGCUAAUGAAGGAUUAUAAGAAUUUGAGAGGUAAGAAGUGCAUUAAGAAAUGAAUAAGGUACUAUGUUCAAAACCAAUUAAUCCUCUUCUAUUAUUCUUAUUUCAUUGAAACUGUUUUUUUCUUCUUCAAUAUUCGAUUACACAAGGAA